AUGCUCGUAUCUCGUCGGCACCACCGCUCCGUCGGCGACCCGUGGGCGCCGGCAACGCCGUGGGACCCCGGUCGGCACUCUCGGCUUUUCUCUAGGGCGGGCUUGACGUCCCGGGAUGACGCCAAGGGGCCUCUCGCGGCUUCGGCAAGUCUAAUCACUCCAGGCCUGAUACAUCAUAUAAGGCAGGGCAAAGCCAACAAUCUUGAUAACUGCAAGCCGUUCACAAUCGCAUUCUCUGCCCCUGGCCAGCAACCAAUCUCCCCUUGGUGCCUGACUCGUAUCUCAACCAGGUUCCCCUGGCUAAAAGACCGCGGACGAGUGAUCACGACAUACGUCAACAGUGCUGCGGACGAGCCAGUGCCCCUAAUCCCGCAGUGGCCGAGCCUCCGGGUCCUGUCUCCUUUGGGCCCCGAGGAGGAGAACUGGAGUUCAAGGAUCUUUAUCAAUACCAAGGUCCAAGUGAACCGUGCCAUCUCCAGCGACGCGCUGUCGUUCGAACUUGUCCCCUUUCAAGUAGUGUUGUCCCCCAUCCCCUCCUCCACAGUUACCUAA